AUGUAUAAUAAUUCUGUAAUCAUUAAAUUCUACAGCAAAGGAACCAAACCAGAAAAGCUCCCAGUGCAUGUGUAUGAAGUAGAUGAAGAAGCGGACAAAGAUGAGGAUGCAGCAUCCCUCGGGUCACAGAAAGGGGGAAUCACUAAACAUGGCUGGCUGUAUAAGGGAAACAUGAACAGUGCAAUAAGCGUCACCAUGAGGUCUUUCAAAAGAAGAUUUUUCCACCUUAUUCAACUUGGUGAUGGCUCAUACAACCUAAACUUCUACAAAGAUGAAAAAAUUUCCAAAGAACCUAAGGGGUCAAUAUUCCUUGAUUCCUGCAUGGGUGUUGUACAGAACAACAAAGUAAGACGCCUUGCCUUUGAGCUGAAGAUGCAAGACAAGAGCAGUUAUCUUCUGGCUGCAGACAGCGAUGCUGAAAUGGAGGACUGGAUCAACACGCUUAACAAAAUCCUGCAGUUAAACUUUGAAGCUGCCAUGCAAGAAAAGAGGAACGGAGAGUCCCAUGAAGGUCUGAUAUCCUUAGAAAGCAUGCUGUCUCCCUUUUUACUUUUCAUCUGUGACAAUAAACUCUGAAGAUCCAUUACAGUUAA